AUUAAUUAUGUAGACAAUUGUUCAUUUGUUUCUCUAAGAGACAUUGGGAAGCAUUUUCAAAGAUUUAAUACAAACUGACGACAUUACUGGAUUAAUUGAGACAACUUUCAUUUUGAGGCUAAUAUUUACACGAAAUUAGCAAUGGAAUUUUGGCAAAUGCUAUCUUUCUGACAUGAGUCUCACGAGUGACAGUAGCAAAGGAGGUCGCAUGAACAGUAGUGACAACUGUAGAAAGUGAGAAUUAUCUUAAAAUAAAAUGAACGAGAGUAUAGGGAGCUUAACAACCACUUUGUGGCCAAACGAAACUUCUACUCCUGGUAACGACUCUUUGUACUUUAACAACUCCCAAGAAGAUCACAACCAGUUCAUCUUGCCGCUGUGGCGACAAGUCGUGUGGUCACUGCUCUUCGCUAGCAUUGUGGUGGUGGCCACAGGUGGCAACCUCAUUGUCAUCUGGAUUGUUCUGGCCAAUAAGAGAAUGCGAACAGUGACAAACUAUUUUCUUGUGAAUUUGUCUGUCGCGGACGCCAUGGUAUCAGCCCUGAACGUGACUUUUAACUAUAUAUACAUGCUGAACAGUCACUGGCCUUUCGGAACGUUGUACUGCAAGAUCAGCCAAUUUAUCGCCGUACAAUCCAUCUGCGCUUCGGUGUUCACGCUCAUGGCCAUCUCCAUCGACCGGUACAUGGCAAUUAUGUACCCACUGCGGCCUCGAAUGGGACGCCGAACGACCCUGUGCAUCGCGCUGGGCAUCUGGGUUGUGGGCACGGCUCUGUCGAUGCCCAACCUGCUCUUUUUUACCACGUUUGCCCACCAGUUCUCAGACGGUGGCACGCGGAUUGUUUGCUACGCCGAAUGGCCGGAUGGUCCUAGCAUCGAGAGCUACCAGGAGUACAUCUACAAUAUCGUAUUCAUGAUCCUGACGUACUUCCUGCCAAUCGGCUCUAUGAGCUUCACAUAUGCGCGGGUGGGGCUGGAGCUGUGGGGUAGCCAGAGCAUUGGCGAGUGCACACAGCGCCAGCUGGAAAACAUCAAGUCCAAGAGGCGGGUGGUGAAGAUGAUGAUCGUGGUAGUGUCGAUAUUCGCCGUGUGCUGGCUUCCAUUCCACAUGUACUUCAUACUGAUGGCACUAGUGCCUCAGAUCACCAACACGAGGUACAUCCAGGAGGUAUACCUCGCCAUCUACUGGCUGGCCAUGUCCAGCUCCAUGUACAAUCCCAUCAUCUACUGCUGGAUGAACUCCCGGUUCAGACGCGGGUUCAAACAGGUUUUCUCGUGCUGUCCUUGUGUGCAUCUGGCGCCAGAGACGCUCUCGCGUCGUGAAGUCGUCACCAGCCGCUACAGCUGUUCUGGGUCCCCGGAAGCUCAAUGCCGCAUCAUCAGGAAUGACUCUUAUUUCGAAAUGACGCUCACACCGUCGCUGGAACUUACCUACCCCCAGUUAUACGCCAAGUUGCGAGCUCGAGGAAAAAAACCGUUUUCGUAGAGGCGAUUGGA